AGGCAGGGGUGUCACCUCGGAAAAUCCCUUGGUGGCUGGUGUGGAAAUCCCCCACUGUGGAACUUUGAGAGAGGGGGGAGAUUUCCUCCUUACUAACGGAAGAAAAAACAGAUAGUCUUGGCAAGAGUGGCAGAGAACAAGAAGAGGAGCCCGGUGGUUGAGCCCGGGAGUCACCCUCCUAAAGCGCUCAAAGGACGGGAUUGGGAUUCAUGGCUCCCCAAAUUGCAUCGCCCAGCGCCUGACUCUUUUAUUGGGGAGGAUUAGUAUUUAGAUUGCAGGGUCUUUCUUCCCAGCGAUUCGGGUUUCUUCUUACAGAAUGGCUGGAUCACAGAUCAUUCCUCAAGAUUUAUAUUCGAGCAACAUGCUGAAAGCUGUGAAGAUAAGACAACUGAUGUCUGAAGACCUUGUCAAAUACAACAAUGGAAUUAUCCAGCAUUUUAAAACUAUGCAUAGAUACACCAUAGAGAUGUUCAGGAUGUGUCAUUUUUGCCCACCUUUUCAGAAGCUUCUUCAAAAAUCUCUAAUUGACCAAGCAACUCAAAACUCACUGGAACGCCAAAAGAAGUUAAACUGGUGUCGAGAAGUUAAAAAACUUAUGCCACUGAAGACUAAUGGAGAUGGAAAUUGUCUCAUGCACGCUGCUUCCCAGUAUAUGUGGGGUGUCCAAGACGUUGACCUGCUUCUGAGAAAAACAUUGUUUAGUGUACUUAAAGAAGCCGAUACACGCAAUUUUAAACUGCGCUGGCAGCGAGAAACCCUGAAAUCACAGGAAUUUGUGGCAACAGGACUCUGCUAUGAUACCAGGAACUGGGAUGAUGAAUGGGACAAUCUUAUUAAAAUGGCAUCUGCAGAAACAUCAGUUGCCCACACAGGCCUUCAGUAUACCUGUCUGGAAGAAAUCCAUAUAUUUGUCCUUGCUAACGUCUUAAGGCGCCCCAUCAUAGUUGUUGCAGAUAAAAUGCUCAGAAGUUUGCAGUCAGGUUCCAGCUUUUCCCCUCUGAACAUUGGUGGAAUUUAUCUGCCUCUCCAUUGGUCAGCAGACAACUGUUUUCGAUAUCCUAUCAUUCUUGCUUACGACAGUAUGCACUUCACUCCUUUGGUUGUUCUGAAGGAUAGUGGGCCAGAAAUCAAGGCAGUUCCUUUAGUCAGUUGUGAAAGAGGGAGAUUUGAAGACUUGAAAGUGCAUUUUUUAACUGACGCUGAAGAAAGAGAGAAAGAAAAACUGAUAAGAGACUAUCUCAUGGUGAUUGAAAUUCCUGUACAAGGAUGGGACCCAGGGACAACACAUCUCAUUAAUGCUGCAAAGUUGGAUGAAGGUAACUUGCCCAAAGAGAUUAACCUGGUGGAAGAUUACUUUCAGUUGGUGCAACAUGAGUACAAGAGGUGGAAAGAAAACAGUGAAUUUAUUGGGAAGGAAACAGGUGCGAGGAACGGACUGGCAUUGCAGUUAUCCCAGCUAUCGCUUAUGGAGGCAAAAUGUGAAACUCCCAACUGCCCUUUCUACAUGUCUGUGAAUACCCAGCCAUUCUGCCAUGAGUGCUCAGAACAGAGACAAAAGGCAAAUUUGGUAAAGAGGCAGCACUUCUGGUCAGGCUCAGAGAAGCCCCGGGGAAAUAGGUCCAGUUACCCAAAGGAUGAACGCCACCACCUUCCUGCCUGGACUUCUGAAAAUUCCAGCUCAGAACCUCGUUCUGCACCUCCCACAGCUCCAAGUCUUUUUCUAUACAGUGAAACAACUGCUAUGAAGUGCAGGACCCCAGGCUGCCCUUUUACACUGAAUGUGCAAUACAAUGGGCUUUGUGAACGUUGUUACAACUGUGCAGAGGUCAAUCCUUGCAAUACUCCAAGUGACCCACAGCAUUUGAAUUGUGUGACUUGCACAUCCUGCCUUAAGGACACCAACAGAACCUUCAAUGGGAUGUGUAGCACUUGCUUCAAACGGACUAUAGACCAUUCCUCAAACGCCGGCUCCGGCACCAUGCCUUCCACCCAUCAGAGGUCCAGUUCUGAUCCUAUUCCUAUAUCACAAGGUUUUUUGCAGCAUUCCUGUCACACAGUAACCAACAGCAAUAAGGUGGAAGCGCCACCCUAUGUUCAGCCCCAAAGAACAGAACCAAGGACGAGAAACAAUAAAUGCAGGAAGCCCGGCUGUAAAUUUUUUGGGACUCUCCAGAAUGAAGGCUUUUGUACCCUGUGUUACUUCGAGUAUCAAGAAAAUAGAGAGGCCCCCCUGCUUCAUCAGCGAAGGUCUCCUGUGACGUCUCCUGUUUUGGAGCAUCCUGGAAUCUCAGCUGCUGUCUAUCAAAAUACCGUUUCCUGCCCGGGCCAAGAAUGUGGCACAAUAGGGAGCACCAUGCUUGAGGGGUACUGCCAGAAAUGUUUUAUUGAAGCACAGAGCAAGCGGCUCCAUGAAGCCAGAAGGACUGAAGACAAAAUAGUGAGACAAUCAGAGCAAAUGGGACAACAUCAAGAUUUACACCAGAAAACUGCACGCUCUCAAAAACGCAAAUGUGCUAAAGUUUCGUGUAGAAAUAAUUUAGCUUCCCGGAGUGCAGAGGUCUGUCAAGACUGCUUGCGUGUCAGCCAACAGAGACAGUCUGGAACACCUCAGGUUGAACCUCCAGCUGAUGAACUUCCCAAACAGCGUUGCCGAGCCCCUGCCUGUGAUCACUAUGGUAAUAACAAGUGCAAUGGCUAUUGCAACGAGUGCUAUCAGUUCAAACAAAUAUAUGGAUAGCAAAUGCUUUUUUUGCCUUGCAAAAGGGGGGAAAAAAGGAAUGGUGCUAUGUUCAAAACACUUAAUUGUCUUGCUACAGCUUUCUACAACAGUCAUAAAAAUUGAUCUUCUUCAGUCUUGUGAAAAAGGUGACUUUGGAGGGAAACAAUAAGCUGAUUUCUUUUGUGCAUAUGUAGAUACGUGUGUGUGUGUGUGUGUGUGUGUGUGUGUGUGUGUGUGUAAAUGUAGAACUACGCAGGUCGAGAAAGUUAAUCCUGGGAUAGUAAAGGAGGUUGCUUCCGUCAUGGUGAAUGGC